AUGGCCGAGCAGAAAGCAGCACAGACCACGCAGACCUCGUCAGGGCGCCCUGCCAGCCGCGACAUCCGGUUGAUGCAGCAGAAAACCGCAGUACACGCAGCCGCCGCUACUCAGCCCACGCCAUCGACGACCGAGUCUUUAGUAAAUCAACUUAGACUCAGACGCCAACGCUCCUCAGUGGAUAUCCACGGAGUUGGUGGAGCAAGGACCUCGCAGACCAAUGGAGUGGUCAAUAUUACCCUCCAUUCAAACUACCAGCCGCUCUCAGUCACCGUUCAAGCACACGUGCUUACGAAGGUGACCACUUGCUUACCAUCAGAACCACCAGCUCGUCCAACGCUGCCAUCGCAUCUAGAGAAAUUGAAUCUAGCAGAUCCGCAAUUUCUCAAAUCCAGACCAGUGGACAUCAUUCUCGGAGCCGACGCAUACGGGCAAGUCAUCAAGCCAAACAUUAUUCGGAACGCUUCAACACCGUUGAUCGCUCAACUUUCGAUCUUCGGUUGGCUCGUAAUCGGGCCCCUCGAGGGCAUUCAGACAAUUCGCAGGAGUUCUCAUCAGGUGACAGUCAAUAAUACUGAUCGCCAAUUGAGUGAGUUACUCAGCCGCUUCUGGACGCAGGAAGAGCCACCGCAGGACACGGCACCCUUGCUCACGCCAGACGAGCAAAAGUGCGAAGAUCAUUUCAAGACCACGCAUUCAAGAGAUUCCGCAGGAAGAUACAUCGUGCGAUUGCCGCUCAAACUUCAUCCUCGAGCACUCGGCAAUUCGUAUCAGACGGUGCACAAUUGCCUUCAACGGAUUCUCAGACGACUCAGUAAGAACGCCCAGUACAAUCAGCUGUACACCAAGUUCAUGCUCGAGUAUGAGCAGCUUGGUCAUAUGGUAAGACUGAACAACGACUCAAUAACUAGUCCGUUUCAGUACUUUCUCCCGCAUCAUGGCGUUCUGAAGUUGGGCAGCACGACCACCGCAUUGCGUGUGGUUUUCAACGGCUCCAGUCCAACUUCUUCAGGAUACUCGCUGAACGAUCUUCUACAUACAGGUCCAAAUCUGAUGCUGAAUAUCACAGAUCUGCUCAUUUGGAUACGCAGAUACAAACAUCUGUUUGCAACUGACGUCACGAAGAUGUACCGACAAAUCAAGGUGCAUCCGGACGACUGGAGCUUGCAGCAAAUACUCUGGCUUGAUGACACGCAGAAGGAAACGCAGUACCAGCUGACCACGGUCACGUACGGGACGAAAGCUGCACCGUACUUGGCUGUUCGAACACUCCUGCAACUCGCUGAGGAUGUAGGAUCGAAAUAUCCCCUUGCUGUUGAGCCCAUCAGAAACGGCAGGUAUGUCGAUGACAUUUUUGGUGGCGCUGAUACCGCAGAACAUCUACAGGACGUUGCAAAUCAGCUGACGCAGUUGUGUCAAGCGGGUGGAUUUCCACUCGCAAAAUGGCAUUCCACGAGCAAAUCGUUGCCAGAAGACCUCGCACCAGAACAGAACAACGCAGCAAUCUCAUUCGACGACUGCGCAACCAAAAUUCUCGGAAUUAAAUGGAUUCCACAUCAGGACACAUUCAACUUCUCGACCAUAUCAGCUACUCAACGCAUGCAGUUUACGAAACGCCUCGUCCUCUCAGAAGUAGCACAACUAUUUGAUCCUCUCGGUUUUGUUGCACCUGUAAUUAUCAGAGCUAAAAUUUUUAUUCAAGAGCUUUGGUUACAGGAACUCGGUUGGGACGACAUUCUGCCGCUGCAUAUCACUCAACGAUGGCUACGCAUCAGGGAAGAUCUAACCAGCUUGGCCAAGCUUUCCAUCCCACGAUGGUUCAACACCACGACCACGUCUACAGUUGAACUUCAUGGCUUCGCUGAUGCAUCAGUCCUCGCAAUGGCAGCCGUCGUCUACCUCGUCGUACACGCACCGUCCACGGGUACCCAAGUUUCGCUUGUCUGCUCGAAAACGCGAGUGACACCACUCAAACGUCUGACCAUCCCGAGGUUGGAACUCACAGCAGCGCUGCUACUUUCAAAACUGAUGCGGCAUGUUCACGCUACUUUGAACAUGACCGUCACUCAGACAUUUUUGUGGACGGACUCAGAAGUCACGCUUGCAUGGAUCAAGACGCACCCCUCAAAAUGA